AUGGAUUCCUCCACCUCCGUAAAAGCGUCAGUUCUCUACGCUGCUCGCGAUAUUCGAGUUACACCCCGCACCCUCCCUCCCCCCUCCCCCGGCGAAGUCCAAGUCUCCAUCCUCUCCACCGGCCUCUGCGGCUCCGACCUCCACUACUUCACCCACUUCCGCAACGGCGACAUCCCCGUCCUCGAACCCUUCUCCCUCGGCCACGAAUCCAACGCUCGCGUCGUCGCCCUGGGACCCGAUGUUGUUGACCUUCAAGUCGGUGACUUAGUCGCCCUCGAAGUCGGCCUACCUUGCGGCACGUGCGAUCGUUGCCUCGAAGGGCGGUAUAACAUCUGUCAGGGGAUUAGGUUCCGGAGCUCGGCGAAGGCGUUUCCGCAUCCUCAGGGGACUUUACAGGAGAGGAUUAACCAUCCUGCGAAAUGGUGCCAUAAACUCCCUCCCGACACUCCCCCCGAACUAGGCGCCCUCAUCGAACCCCUCUCCGUCGCAAUCCACGCCCACACCCGCGCCUCAACAAACCUAUCCUCCACCCCCGUCCUCAUCAUGGGCGCCGGCCCCGUCGGCCUCCUCUGCGCCGCCGUCAGCAAAGUCCACGGCGCCUUCCCCGUCAUCAUUGCCGACAUCCAGCGCCGCCGUCUCGACUUUGCCCUCGAGCACGGCUUCGCCGACGCCGUCGUCGAGGUACCCCGUAUGGACGCGGGCCAGGCGGCUUUGGUUGAGGGGAGGUUGGCGUUUGCGAGGGAGGUGGCUGAGAGGGUGAAGGGGGUGGAGGUGUCUGGGAGGAAGGUUGGGGAAGUGGGGGUUUGUUUUGAGGGGACGGGAGUGGAGGGUUCUUUACAGACGGCCAUCUAUGCGACGAGGCCAGGCGGCAAGAUCAUGUUGAUCGGAAUGGGGAAUCCCGUGCAGACGCUGCCUAUAUCGGCGGCUCAUCUGAGAGAGGUGGAUUUGAUAGGGGUGUUUAGAUAUGCCAAUGCGUAUCCGAAAGCUAUUCAGUUGAUCGCGGAAUCGCCGAAGGAGAUGCCUGAUUUGAGGGCUUUGGUGACGCAUAGGUUUAGGGGGAUUGAUAGUACGCCUGAGGCAUUUGCCAUGGCUGCGAGAGUUGAGGAUGAUGAGGGUAAGUUGGUCAUGAAGGUGUUUGUUGAUGUGGAUGAUGAUGAAAGGGGGUCGACUUCAUAG